CAGAUCUGUUGACCACAUGCCUGUGAUUAACGCAAUUUAUAUGAUAAAACACAAAUCAACAACAUUGUCGCUAGAGCCAGGUGUUUCAAUCUUAAUUGUUGUAGUCGUGGGAGUUGAAGUUCUAUUUUUGUCACACUGCGACCAGACUGCGACACAUUGAAAGAGCUAUAGACUUCAAAUCCCAUGAGCCUUUUUUGACCGCUUGUACGCCUACGACGACUUCAACCAUCGACGGGGGCUAAUCCUGUGUCAACACUAGGCUGAUGUAGUGUCGUGGAGACAGUCCUGACAGCUAGCCAGCUAGUACUAACGUUACUUAUUUUAGCUUACUACUUCUAGGUGGCUUCUGAUAAACAAAAUGGACAACUCCGGCAAAGAAAAAGAAGCAAUUCAGCUCAUGGCUGAAGCUGAUAAGAAAGUGAAGUCUUCUGGCUCGUUUUUGGGUGGAAUGUUUGGGGGGAACCACAAGGUGGAGGAGGCGUGCGAGAUGUACGCGAGGGCUGCCAACAUGUUUAAGAUGGCCAAGAACUGGAGUGCCGCGGGGAACGCGUUCUGCCAGGCGGCCAAGCUGCACAUGCAGCUGCAGAACAAACACGACUCGGCAACCAGCUUCGUGGACGCCGGCAACGCCUACAAGAAGGCUGACCCACAAGAGGCUAUCAACUGCUUAAACACGUCCAUCGACAUUUACACCGACAUGGGAAGGUUCACCAUCGCAGCCAAGCACCACAUCACCAUUGCAGAGGUGUACGAGUCAGAGCUGGUGGACAUCGAGAAGGCGAUUGCACACUAUGAGCAGGCAGCAGAUUAUUACAAGGGGGAGGAGUCUAACAGCUCUGCUAAUAAGUGUCUGCUGAAGGUGGCCUCCUACAGCGCCCAGCUGGAGCAGUACCCCAAGGCCAUCCUCAUCUAUGAGCAGGUGGGGAGUAACACGAUGGAUAAUCCUCUUCUGAAGUACAGCGCCAAGGAGUACUUUUUCAAGGCCUCUCUGUGCCACUUCAUUGUGGACGAGCUAAACGCAAAGCUCGCAGUGGAGAAGUAUGAGGAGAUGUUUCCUGCCUUUUCUGACUCGAGAGAAUGUAAGCUGCUGAAGAAACUUCUGGAAGCUCAUGAAGAGCAGAACAGUGAGGCCUUCACUGAAGCAGUGAAGGAGUUUGACUCGGUCUCCCGUCUGGACCAAUGGCUGACCACCAUGCUGCUGCGCAUUAAGAAGACCAUCCAGGGCGAUGCGGGCGACCUGAAGUGAACCGCAUUACCCACAAACCCCCUCUUCUUCCUGUGCAUCAGCCUGACUCAGGCUCCCCUACUAAUACUGCUGCAAUAGAAUAUUAGUGUACAACAGGAUAUAUAGCUACUAUACCCUAUACCCCCCUGCACUUCACUCAGUUACAUUCACCCUGCGCUCUCUCCCUCUCUGUACACAACCUUUCAUCCCUUAUUCCCAGACUUCUGUUCUGAUUUUUGAAACGCAGGGUUGUUGUUUUAUUUAAACUGGAUUUGACAGUGAGAGACCAGCCGGGUGGUGAGUGUUUUAACCCUCCAUGUACAUCAUGGUCAUUAUAAUGUGCAAGUGUUCUGUCUGCAUGCCAUAUGUUACACUCAGUAGAUAGCGUGGAAAUAACAACUUUUAAAAAAAUAUUUAAGAGAUUAUUUUUCCUGUUAUGACAGUUAUGAACAGGCUCUUUUGUGUUUUAUCCUUUGAUUUGCAUAUCAAACAAUGCGCUGUAGGGUGUGUGCGUGUGUUGGAAAGUUGGUCAGUGUGACUAAUCUGGGCAGAGUUCUGUCAUUCAGACGGGUGGGAGGAGUUCUGAAAGAGAGGCAUGCUCUGAUUGGGCGGUUGUAAACGGGUGCAUCGUUCUUUCUCACAGAGAGCUGAAGGGCUUUCGCUCAUUAGCAUCUGUAAAGCCUGAUUAUAUUCCCACACACUCAUCCACAUUACUGGCAUGCUUGUGCAAUAGAUGUUACUGUAAUUUGUACAGGGAAUAUUAUUAUAGGUAUGAACGUAUGAUGAAUAUAUUUAAAGUUAUAAUAAAGCAUAAUCGGUAUUGAGGUGACUGGGAUGUGUUAUGAGAGUGUGUGAUUGGUUAAUAUUCUGGUGUUUCAGCAGUAUUUGUGUAAUUGGCUGAUUGGGGAGUGAUAUCACGGUUGGGCUGUCUGGUCGCCUGGCUUUGUGUUCUCCGUGCCCUGGAAUGACACACCUCUCCCACGUGCUAAUGUCCGUGUCGUGGUCCUGUCCCCAGCACUCAAACAGCAUGUCGUUAAGUGUAAUGUGAAGUAUUGUGUUAAGUAUUGUGAAAUUAAACGAACAGAAGAUCUACCUGCACUUUGGAGUCAUUUCCACCACAGUAAUGGUCUGUUUUGUGCCCGCUAUUGUAUGUCAGAUUGUUCUAAUGUACAGUAAUAAAAUUAGACAUACUAAUA